AGCCAUUGUGUCUCAGGGUGCCCUGGCUGCGGCAUUCGCGCGCGAGCCUUUGCCAGGCCAUGCGCACCGCAUGUUCGACUUCAGGGAGCUGCAGCUGCAGCUGCCGGCCGACAGCGCGCACGGGCUCACUGUAGCGGCACGGCAGGCCGCGGUUCCACAAGCCACGAGCCCACUGGUCGGUGUCUCGGCAGAGCUGGUCGCGAUGCCGACUGCCUUCCCGCCUGACUUGGAGGAGCCCACCGCCCACGCUGCAGGGAGACCACUGGCUUUGGUGGCUGGCUCGAUGCAAGGGGGCUCGCCAGCCACAGUGCCGCAAGGGAUCGCAGCCCAGGCGGCCGCGCAGCCGACCGACGAGCCCUUUGAGGCGCUGCCGCAGGGAACAGAGGCGGAGGCAGUGGGCCCUCUGCCUGCGAGGGCAGUGCACUUGGGCUGGAGCAACCUGGUGGAUCAGCUCGGGGCUUCGUGUGGCCUGCGGGGGCAGGCGCUGGAAGCGAUGAGGUCUGUGGACAGGGGUGACUUCGUCUGCCGCAGCGCCUACGAGGACAUACCGGUAAGCAUAGGGCACCGCGCCACCAUCAGCGCCCCUCACAUGCAUGCCAGAGCGCUCAAGCUGCUGGAGAAGCACCUCCGCCCUGGCUCCCGCGCCCUGGACGUUGGCUGUGGCAGCGGUUACUUCUCGGCGGUCAUGGCGCACUUGGUGGGCCCUUCGGGCAUCGUGGUUGGCAUCGACUACCUGGAGCCGCUGGUGGAGCUCUCGCGCAGCAAUGUUGGGAAGUCGGACGCGGCGCUUCUUCGUGGGUCCAAGCCGCGGCUUAUGCUUGAGGUCGGCGAUGGCUGGAAGGGCCGACCAGAGGAGGGGCCCUUUGACGCGAUACAUGUAGGCGCCGCUGCUGCGGAGAUUCCUCAUGCGCUGCUCGAGCAGCUGAAGCCGGGAGGCAGGAUGGUCAUUCCCGUCGGCAAGGAGUCUCAGGUGUUUAUGCAGGUGGACAGGGGUGUUGACGGCCGUUUCUCGUAUCAGAACCUUCUGGACGUGAGGUACGUGCCGCUGGUGAGAGUAUGAAUUUUCCAGGUAGCCGAGGCGAGUCAAACCGACUAGGCUACACUUCGUUCCGGGGAUUAAGGAGGGAUGAGAGCGGCGCGAUUCAUGUUUCCUGAUCCAGCGUAUCUUGACGGAUUGAACGUUUGUUUCUGCAGCCAGAGUUGGAGCGCCAUGCGGCCAUCAUUCUGCAUUGGCGUGAGCAUCACGCUCGCUGCUCUGGCAGCAUCGCCGCGCGAUGGGCCCACUGUGUCUCGCUCAUUGUCCCGCUGUGUCUUCGGCCUGCGCGUGGGGUGCAGGCGAGCAGGUCCCGACUCAGAGGCGGGAGUUCUACCAUCGAGCCUCCAUCCUGUUGUUUUCUUUGCUGCUGCUCCGUCGGCUGCGACUGCCCUUCUUUCACCUUCCUCCGUCCUCCAUCUGCCCCCCCCCCCGUCCCCACACCUCAGC